AGUAAAAUUAGCUUGAAAAUUAACUAAACCUUAACAAUUGAUCCUUGUGGCAAACUGUUUUAUUCACUUCUAGUAAAUAAUAAAAUACUGCACAACCUAGAGUGUAGGGUUUUUAUAUGAUAAGAUGAAAAGCGCCAGGACAUUUUAUUUUAGAAAUUUAUUUUAUAAAGCAAGUAUGGAUGACUCUGCAGGCGUAAUACUCGUUUCAGACGAAUUCUUGAAAAUGGAUCCAUUUAUGACAACCUACCACACUGACUAUGGAAAUCCUACGGGAGAAGUUAUAAUAGAAAGACCUGAUCGUCCACCGGAAGUCACCAAACCGCCAGGAGUGUUAGAGGUGCGGCCGGCGCCAGGAGUCUGCUCCUGCGACCGUCAUGAUUGGACUCCUCAUUUUGAACGAGCUAAGUAUCUAAAGGAGACCGAAGACUGCCUUAUGGAAAAAUUACUUGAUGUCCGAGAAGAGCGAAAGCUGUUAGACAACGCUAUACUUCACCAUCCAUGUGGUGAUAUUGAUGACAAAAUGAAAUCCAUAUACCAGAUUAGUUACGACGGAAAAGGAUCGCAUCACAUAGACUACCGAUCGCUCCAAGUAGACCGGUUUGACCCUGUGGCUGUUCCUGUGCCCAUGAUCAAGACUGGUCUGAACAAUGGUUACCGUGAUCCUAAUAGUUUCCGUUACAAUGCCAUAGAGAAACCUCAAGUUUCUUCUCCUCGUCCAAUUGAUUUCACAGCAGUUCCAAUAGAUGAGGUUGGCAAGUUUAUUGGCAGAACCGAAUACCAAGAUACUAUUAGCAAGAUGGGAUUGUCUAACAUCCGAGCGAUGCAACAAUAUCGAGAACCUUUACCUUCCAGUAGACGACGCCUCGGAGAAACAUGUAUCUAAAUGAGCUAAAACAAACUCUAUUCUGAUGUAAACAUAUUUAUUAUCAAUAUA